CUCCCCACUCCUCACUCAUCCGUCCUCUACUCAACUCCGCUCUGAUUCUCCUCGCUGACUUUCUUCGGAGUGCUGCUCCGCCGCAAAUACAACUACAGCCCUCAGCGUGAAAGUUCUUCGAUAUGAACUGGGCUUUCCUCCAGGGCCUCCUCAGCGGGGUCAACAAGUACUCCACCGCCUUCGGGCAAGUGUGGCUCUCCCUUGUGUUCGUCUUCAGGGUGCUCGUAUUCGUGGUGGCGGCCGAGAAAGUGUGGGGCGACGAGCAGAAGGACUUCAAAUGCAACACGCUCCAACCGGGCUGCCACAACGUGUGCUACGACCACUUCUUCCCCGUGUCGCACGUCAGGCUGUGGGCCCUGCAGCUCAUCUUCGUCACCUGCCCGUCCUUCCUGGUGGUGAUGCACGUGGCCUACCGGGAUGACCGGGAGCGCAAAAACCGCGACAAGAACGGCGAGAACUACCGCCCCCUUUACAAGGACACCGGCAAGAAGCGCGGCGGCCUGUGGUGGACGUACGUCUUCACCUUGGUCUUUAAAGUGCUUGUGGACACCACCUUUGUCUACCUGGUCUACCACAUCUACGAGGGCUACGACUUCCCGCUGCUCAUCAAGUGCGAGCAGAAGCCGUGUCCCAACAAGGUGGACUGCUUCAUCUCCAGGCCCACCGAGAAGAAGAUCUUCACCAUCUUCAUGGUGGUGACCAGCAUAGUGUGUAUCGUCCUCUCCAUCAUGGAGAUCGUUUAUCUGGUGGGCAAGCGCUGCAGCGAGAUGUUAGUGCACAGAAGUGGCCCUCGUCACAUAGUGGCCACCGGCGGAGACCCCUUGAUGGGGGCCAGCGGUACCAAGAUGUCCGACAAGAGCACGCCACAAACGCCUGCCCCUGCGUACAGCGUGGCUGUGUGUUGAGAUGACUAACCCCGCCCACAACCACCCUUCACCGCCACUUUGUGGUUUUAAGUCAAGACUUGAAGAGGCAGAAGUGAUGAAUUCCUGCCUUUAUAAUCCGACAAGGGGCAUCCAUCUUUGCCUUACCAGACAAAGAAAAGGGCAAGUUAGUGCGAUGCAGUGUUGACAUCAUUACAUGAGUCACACCAUGCUUUGGAGACUACACACACACACACACGCACACACAUACGCACACUGUUUCUGUGUAAGAUUUUCCUCUCUGAUUGUUGCCAAACCUCUAAAUGUUUUCUUUCAAGCUGUACGAGUCAACUCGUAGAAACAUUCCAGCAGGACGUAACAGUACACUCAGAAUUGACCACUUCCCGACCUGAUAAAUGCAUGGUUGGACGAGUCUGGUGUGGAAGAACUUUACUGCAUAACAAUUAGCCGAGAGACAGCUUUAUCUCAAAACACACUUCAAGGGGAACUGCACUUUUUAAAAAAGAAAUUGCCUUAUCAUUCACAAUCAUUAUGAGAGACAAGAACAUGUCUUUUGUUGUUUGUUUGUUUUUAAGAUUCUAAAGACAAAAAAAAACGCUUUCAAGAUGUGGCUAACAGGAGUCUCCAAUGUAGCCUUCAAAGCCGUAUAUAUAUAUAUAUAUAUAUAUAUAUAUAUUUAUAUAUAUAUAUAUAUAUAAUGUAGUAACAGACACAUUCAUAACAAAAUGUAAUAAGUUCAAGUUAAAGUACAAAUGAUUGUCACACACAGACCAGGUGUGGUGAAAUUUGUCCUCUGCAUUUGACCCAUCCCCUUGUUCACUCCCUGGGAGGUGAGGGGAGCAGUGAGCAGCAGCGGUGGCUGCGCUCGGGAAUCAUUUUGGUGAUUUUACCCCCAAUUCCAACCCUUGAUGCUGAGUGCCAAGCAGGGUAGUAAUGGGUCCCAAUUGUAUAGUCUUUGGUAUGACUCGGCCGGGGUUUGAACUCACGACCCUGAUCUAUGUACAAUAUUUACCGUAUUGUGCUCUUUUUAAGCAAUACUCAAACGUAUUUCCUCAGUGCAUUUAUUUCAGUGCCCAUAACAACGGACUUCCGGCAACUAGCGCAUGUGUGCUCUGAUCAUGGCAGACUUCGUAAUAGACAACUAUUUUUCGGACAAAUGAGGAUUUACAAUCUUAUCUUUUUGAGGCUGAAUAUACGGAGGAUGAACUACUGGUUAUAGAAGCUGAGCGAGCACAAAGAGAGGGUGAAAGGUUGCAGCAGACGGAAGCCGAGAGAGUUAGGACCAGCAUGAGUUGGUGGUGUAAAUGCCACAUAGAACGAGAUGAUUAUUACAAAUUAGAAUGCAGAAAAAAUAGUGUGUUCUUGUCUCUUAUAAGGAUUGUGAACGACAGGCAAAAUUCACGCCCAAAAAAUUGCAUUUCCCCUUUAAGUUGAGGUACCACUGUGUAUUAUUUGGAAUAGGUAUUAUGUAAUGAUUCAUGCUCCCGUCUUUAGGUACAGAUUGCUGUGGGGAUCCCCUCAAUUACGUUAAUAAAGGGACGGGAGAAUCUCACUCUGAAUGUUCGAAACUGCUGUUUCCAUGCCAGUGUUGAAAUUGCGUGGGUAAGACACAGCAUGGAAAUAAAACAUCUUGUCACUGACAUCGCUUGCGCUCGAGAAUGACUGAGCAGCGCCUCUGCUGGUUGCAGCCAGGCAGUGCACCUUGAUCGCUUCCAGAUGUGUCCCAAUACUUGUGUUCAUAGUGUGUGUAUGCAUGUUUACUGACAUUGUUUUACAUUUUAUACGUAAUUUAUCACCACUUUGGUAUGAAAAUGCAAAUUUUAUGCUGUUUUUAGGCUGUAUAUAUUUUCAUUAAAUACUUGUUUUCCA